CAGAAACUUUAUUGCCAAUAGCGAGAUGAGCCAAUCGACGGCUUUAGUGGAGAAAAGGCCCGAAAUCCAGAACGCCGACGGCGCCACCCACGGUCUUCCGAACGACAAAGUAGAAGACAUCGAUGAGGAAGAGGAUGAACUGGAAGAGGAAGACGAUGACAGCCUGACGGGGAAGUCUCAAGAUGAGACGGUGUCGCCCACCGCCGAGCCACAAGGAGGGUAUGAGGAGGAGGAGGAAGAUGAGGCCGCGUCCCUCACCAUGAGCUUUAACCGUGCCCAGAGAACCCCCUGGACGCCUGGUUGAACAUGGCUGGAGCCGCUUCCGAGCCAGGAACCUUCAAUGCCGUCGGCCACCUCUGAGAUGCCCAGGGAGGUGGCCCCGCCAGGAUCCCAAGCGUGGGAGGCCGAGGUGCCCGCCCGUUGGCCUCCUCAGCUCUCCCGGCGAGCGGAAGAUUGGCAGAAGGACACCCCCCCCCCCGGGGCAGGAGAAACCCACCACGGACAGCUCCCUUCCCCCAUCGGUCAAGCCCACCCACCUCGCCCACCUCUCCAUCGCGGGAGAACGUUGGCUUCCGGUGAGGGACACGCCAGGGUGGUGGACCCACCAACCCCGUCCUGACCCCUCUCCAUGUUAUCGCCCAUGUUGCUGAGCCAUCAAAGAUGCACUUGCCCCCAGACCCCAACCC